GCCGCGCGGGCGCCAGCGCAGAUGCGGCCAUGGCGGCGGCCGGCGGCGCGGAGGGCGCGGGCGGCGGCCCCGCGCCGUGGGCCGAGGUGCGGGCGCUGCUUCCCUGCGCCGAGGAGGGGCUGACCUUAGCGCUGAGCGGGGAGGUGGAGGGCUGCGUCCUGCCGCUGCUGCGGCGCGCCCGCGCGCUGCUCUACAGCCAGCCGGGCCCGCCCGACGCGGCGGCAGCGGCGGCGCUGGGGCGCCUCAGUGACGUCCUGCGCGACUAUUCCUGGGAGAAGCUGAACGCGGUGCCUUGGAGGGAGGUCGGCAAGGGCUGGCGGCAGGUCUACGCCUACGGCUGCCUCUUCGGGGCGCUGGCCGAGGUGGCCGCGGGCCGCCCGCGGGCCGCCGUGCGCCUCUGCGACCUGGGGCUCCUGCUCGGUGCCGCCGUCCUGGACAACGUCCUGGCGCGCCUGGUGCACGCGCUGCAGCUGCGCCUGCCCCGCGAGAUGCCUCCCCGGGGGUCUCUGCCGCGUGUUGAGGGGGAACGUCCAUUCCAGAGGGUCCGGCCGGAGCGGCCCCCGCCGCCCCCCACGGUGCAGCCGGAGGAGGCGAUUCCACACCUUCACUGUCCUUCGCUGGAGCACUUCAGAGACAAUUACCUCAUUCCCGAGCGGCCCGUGGUCCUGGAUGGCGUCAUGGACCACUGGCCGUGUAUGAAGAAGUGGAGCGUGGACUAUUUUUGUCAAGUCGCAGGGUGCCGCACAGUCCCCGUGGAGUUGGGUGCCCGGUACACAGAUGAGGAAUGGUCUCAGCAGCUCAUGACUGUCAGUGACUUCAUCAGCCAGUAUAUCAUGGAUGAGAACAGUGUAGGAUACCUUGCCCAGCACCAGCUUUUUGAUCAGAUCCCAGAACUGAAAGAAGAUAUCAGUAUCCCUGACUACUGCUGUCUGGGGGAAGGGGAAGAAGAUGACAUCACCAUUAAUGCUUGGUUUGGUCCAGGAGGCACUAUCUCACCUCUUCAUCAGGAUCCUCAGCAAAACUUUUUAGCCCAGGUAUUAGGAAGAAAGUAUAUCCGUCUGUAUUCACCACAAGAUUCAGAAAACCUGUACCCACAUGAGAGCCAAAUUCUUCACAACACUAGUCAGGUAGAUGUGGAAGAUCCCGACUUGGUCAAGUUUCCCAAUUUCACAAAGGCUGCAUUUCAGUCCUGCAUUCUGAUGCCUGGACAGAUUCUGUUUAUUCCAGUUAAAUAUUGGCACUAUGUGCGAUCACUUGAGCUCAGCUUCUCUGUCAGUUUCUGGUGGUCAUAGCUCUGAAGCAUUGCCUGCAGCAUUGUAAUGGGAAUUAGCAUCUGGCAGCAUCUUUUCACAAGAGGUUAGAAGUGGAGCAAAACCAAAAACCAACAACCUCUUCCUGAAGCAUGCAGAUUUCGGAGUGCAAAUGGAAAGAUGAUGCUGCAGCUACUUCAUUUUUGUAGAUGUUUCUAAUAACUCCUUAUGAAGAGCAUGUUAGGUCAGUGUCCUGUGUGCAUGUGUCCCUCAGAAACAGCCUGUGUCUGGGCACUGCCAGGGCUCUGCCUCUGUCUGCAACACCAGCUCAGUGUUAUCUUCUACUUGGAUUUAAUAGCACUAAAGCCUGGAGUCACCUAGAGAAAUGGUGAAAUUUUAUAAUGUAUUUUCUCUCUGUUUUAAAAUAAAGCUAACACAAA